GCUUUGGUUCGUCCAUAUAAGACUCGAGGUACAUCUAUAUUAGGCAAGUAUUACGGAGUUUAUGAACCAUACAUUCGGGCUGCUGGAUUGUAUACUGUUAUGGAGCUUGCCCCGUUGCAUGGUGAUUCUGACUUGAUCACGGCAGUAGUGGAGCAUUGGCGACCAGAGACCUCCACUUUUCACCUCCCUUGUGGCGAGUGUACCAUUACUUUGGAGGAUGUUGCCGUGCUUACAGGACUAUCAGUCGACGGACAUGCUGUGAUCCUAGAUAUUCCAAACUCAUCAUGGGAUGAUAUAUGCAUGAGUCUACUUGGGAAACUUCCUCCUGUAGAGCAGCGAUCAGAUCUUGCGAUUGGACGUGUUAAGUACUCUUGGCUUAGAGACGCAUUCACUACAUUGUUAGAGGAAGCUUCAGAUCAUACUAGUAGUCAGUAUGCGCGAGCAUAUUGCAUGCUGCUUUUAGGAGGAGUGAUGUUUCCUGAUCGAUCUGGAGCUGAGAUGCAUCUUAUGUAUGGUCUACUUCUUGAGGAUUGGGCACGUGCAGGAGGCUAUGCAUGGGGCGCAGCUGUAUUAGCAUACUUAUAUCGAGAGCUUGGUAGGACCACUUUGAGGAUGACAUCUGCACCGACUAUGGGAGGUGAUCUUGGAGGUUGGACCGACUUGAUAGCUACAUGGGUGUGGGAGCGAUUUCCAGCCCUCGCCCCUUUAGAUACACGCAACUGGCAGCCUGUCACGGAGGAUUCACAUCCACGUGCUGCGAGUGGCGUCCUUAUCUGGAGAGAGAUCCAGAUAUUGCAGCUUGUGUACAAGAGUCGGCGACCUUUCGAGCUGUGGUUCCACUGCUUUGUUUUCGAGCAGUGGUCUGGCACCAUCCAGAUCGACCAGCGAGGAGUACCAUUAGGCGCCGACUUGUGCACCACGUAUCGAGAGACGAUCGAGUUGUGGGAUAGACGAGCUAUGUAUGUGGCGAGUACGAUCCUUUGCGAUGAGGCUUUAUCAGACCACUCGGAGUACAUGGAGUGGUACCACGAUAUGACUAGACGUACUGUCUCACGGCGUGGCACAGCUGCACGAGCCAUGCUUGACACUGUAGAGCGUGUGGCUAUGAGAUUAGGGCAGGGUCGCCUCACUGACGAAGAGAGGGAGAAGACACGUGAUGAGCUCCUUUCAGCAGCUAUUGGAUUUGGGUAUGCGGAGCACCUUAUUAUGGAUCCCUCAGUUCCUAUUAGACGUGCUUUUCCUGGGCCCAGUGUUACACCGUGGCCUGAGCGGACUGACCCAUCACCACCAUGGAGGAUAUCACGGGCCCCAUUCUUUCCACAGCGUCGCACUCGCCAGCGAACUUUGUAUAGUGACGUGCCUAGACCAUUCCGCUUGUCACAGCAGCAGACACAGACUACACAGAGCACACAGACUAGACAUACCACUCAGCCAGAGCGUUCGUCACCACCACCUUACCGGCCACAUUAUGCACGUCAGCAGGCUUAUAGGGAUGACCCAGAGCCAUCGACACGCUUCGUUCCUACACCUGGCUUAUUUCCGACACAGCAGUCUCAAGCAGAGCAGACUUCUUCUCGACACUAUAGCAGAGAUGAUCAGUUUCGUACACCUGCCGAUGCCAUUCUCCGGGGUAGUCGCAUGACAUCACCAAUAGUUGGAGGAUCUUCAAUGGACUCAUAG